AUGUUGGCCAGGAAGAGCAUCAUCCCGGAGGAGUUCGGUCUCCCCGGCCUCGCCUCCCGGUUGCCCCGCAAGCCGGUGUUCCGGGACCGCGUGAACAAGGCGCGCUUCAUCGCCAAGAACGGCUCGUGCAACCUGGCGCACAAGAACAUCCGCGAGCAGGGCCGCUUCCUGCAGGACGUGUUCACCACGCUGGUGGACCUCAAGUGGCGCUUCACGCUGGUCAUCUUCACCACCACCUUCGUCAGCAGUUGGCUGCUGUUCGCCAUGAGCUGGUGGCUGGUGGCCUUCGCGCACGGAGACCUGGACUCCAGAGACCUGGACCCGGACCAGGCGUGGAGCAACAAGACCUUCUGCGUCACCAACGUCAAGUCCUUCAUCUCGGCCUUCCUGUUCUCCAUCGAGGUUCAGGUGACCAUCGGGUUCGGAGGACGCAUGAUAACCGAACAUUGUCCGACGGCCAUCACCGUCCUCAUCAUGCAGAACAUCAUCGGCCUCAUCAUCAACGCCGUCAUGCUGGGUUGUAUAUUCAUGAAGACGGCUCAGUCCAACCGGCGAGCGGAGACGUUGAUCUUCAGCCGUCACGCCGUCAUCGCCGUGAGGAACAACUGCUUGUGCUUCAUGAUCCGGAUCGGGGACCUCAGGAAGAGCAUGAUCAUCGGGGCCACCGUCCGGCUUCAGGUGGUGAGGAAGACGACCACGCCCGAGGGCGAGGUGAUCCCCAUCCAUCAGAUCGACGUUCCCACGGAGACGGCGGUGGCGAGCAACAGCCUGUUCCUCCUCGCGCCGCUCAUCAUCUGCCACGUCAUCGACAAACACAGCCCGCUGUAUGACCUGUCAGCCAUGGAGCUGCAGUGCAGCGACCUGGAGGUCAUCGUCAUCCUGGAGGGCGUCGUCGAGACGACCGGCAUCACCACACAGGCCCGGACCUCCUACGUCUCCGAGGAGAUCCAGUGGGGUCACCGCUUCGUUCCCAUAGUGACGGAGGAGGAGGGCGUGUACUCCGCGGACUACUCCAAGUUCGGCAACACAGUCAAGGUGACGACGCCGCGCUGCAGCGCCCGGGAACUGGACGAGAAGCCGUCCAUCUUGAUCCAGACGCUGCAGAAGAGCGAGCUGUCGCACCAGAACUCGCUGCGGAAGCGCAACUCCAUGCGGCGCAACAACUCCAUGCGCAAGAGCGCGGCGAGCGGCGCCGGCCUGCGCAGGAACAACUCGGGGCUCGCCGCGCCCAAAGUGCAGUUCUUCACCCCGACCGACGGGGGGGGCCAGAACGCCAACGCCGUCACCUGA